CAUGACUGGGCACCCUGCCCCCUGGUGGCUGCUCGUGUCUCUGCCAGCAGGCUUGGAAUCCAAAGGCAAAGACGGGAGUGUUACCCUUCAGAAGGUGACAUGGGUGCAGAUCCCUGGUGUGGAGCAGGGAUGGCUGGAGGGACCAGGCCUGGAAGAGGGGAAGGAACGAGUGGUGUCCAAGGGCAGAGCUCAGCUCAGCAGUCGCAAGGCUGCAGCGCGACAAGCGUUUGGGGAAAGGUCCCAGCUAGGCUUGCACCCAGAGGCCGGCAGCAGACCGAAAGCGGCCGAAUCUCCUGCGCUCCGCCCGCCCCGGCUCCGGUGCCAGCGCCCGGUGGCCGCCGCCUCCUAAGUGAUUGCUGCUUCGCCGCCUCCUCCGGGUCCAGGACCAUGAAGCUGCUGCCGUCGGUGGUGCUGAAGCUCUUUCUGGCUGCAGUGCUCUCGGCGUUGGUGACUGGCGAGAGCCUGGAGCGGCUUCGGAGAGGGCUGGCAGCUGGAACCGGCAACCUGGACUCUCCCACCGAAUCUACAGACCAGCUACUGGCCCCGGAAGGCGGCCGGGGCAGGGAAGUCCUGAACUUAGAAGAGACAGACCUGGACCUUUUAAGAGCUGCUUUCUCCUCCAAGCCACAGGCCCUGGCCACACCCAGCAAGGAGGAGCGUGGGAAAAAAAAGAAGAAAGGCAAGGGGUUAGGGAGGAAGAGAGACCCAUGUCUUCGGAAAUACAAGGACUUCUGCAUCCACGGAGAAUGCAAAUAUGUGAAGGAGCUCCGGGCUCCAUCCUGCAUCUGCGAGCCCGGUUACCACGGAGAGAGGUGCCAUGGGUUGAGCCUCCCAGUGGAAAAUCGCUUAUAUACUUAUGACCAUACAACCAUCCUGGCUGUGGUGGCCGUGGUGCUGUCGUCUGUCUGUCUGCUUGUCAUCGCGGGGCUUCUCAUGUUUCGGUACCACAGGAGAGGAGGUUAUGAUGUGGAAAGUGAAGAGAAAGUGAAGUUGGGCAUGACUACUUCCCACUGAGAGAGACCUGUGCUCAAGAAGACCUUCCUACUUCCUAAGACUGGACCUGGGAAACUCUUAAGUCCCCCUAAGACUGGAUCCAGCUUUAAAUGCCUUCCUUUUGCGCUUUAGGAAUCUGCGGGGGGCCUGCUACCUCUGAGAAGGCACAGCUGAUCAUAGACUCUGCAGAGGGAAAGAACGUCACAGCUCGUCAGGAAGACUCCUUCGUUCCCAGUUGGCUAUCUAGAUUGGGCCUCCCAUAAUCCGGUAUUUUUGCCAAAAUACCAGAGCCUUCAAGUGCCAAACGGAAUAUGUCAAAAUGGGAUCUUGGUGAGAAGAAAGCAAAAGUGAGAGACCUUCAUGCCCUUCAGAUUCCCCUCCUCCAAACCCCACGUAUCCUCAUAAGUGUGUUUAAACGAUUAACUUCUGGAUUCAGAUGCCAGUUAUAUUCCAUAUGCUCCAGGAUCUUUGACUGAUAAAAAAGAAGAAGGAGAGGAAGAAGGAAAGCUCUGUGGGUUGGAAGAAAGUAACAAAGAUUGAGAAGCCAUGUACUCAAGUAGCCACCAAGGGAUCUGCCAUUUGGACCCUCUAGCGCUGGAUUUGAUGAGCUAACUGUGAAAUACCACAAGCCCAAGAACUCUGAAUUUUGGGACUUCUACCCAGACGGAAAAAUAACAACUAUUUUUUGUUUGUUUGUUUGUAAAAUGCCUCUUAAAUUAUAUAUUUAUUUUAUUCUAUGUAUGUUAAUUUAUUUAGUUUUUAACAAUCUAACAAUAAUAUUUCAAGUGCCUAGUCUGUUACUUUGGUGACUUCCUGGCCCUCGACCUUGUAUGCCCCACCAUCUGGCUCAGUGUCGCACCCCUCUGCCACAACUCCGAGAUGGUUCUGUGACCCGUCUGUAGUAAUCUGUUCUCUGUCCACAUUUCUGAAGAUCUUUCACAUUCACAGUGCCGCAGGGGGAGGUCAGUAGAGUCAGGAUAUAGGAGUUAACUUUGUCAGAUCCACUCUAUGAGUUGGACUGCGGUCUUGCCUAGGCGAUUUUGUCUACCGUUUGUGUUUUGAAAGCCCACGGUGCUGAUGUCCAAGCGUAACAGAUACUAGUGUUUGCCUAUGUCCUCUCCCUGCCAAAUCUCGUAAGAGGUUGGGCUUCCAUGCCCGUGGCUUUCCUGGCUCCUCAACCCCUGUGGCCCCAGGCCCACAGAGUGGGAACUCCCUCCUCCCUGCGUCAUGACAUUUCCCUUACUCCUGCCAUUCUUCUGGUGCUACUCCAUGCAGGGGUCAGUGCAGCAGAGGAUAGUCUAGAAAAGGUAUUAGCAAAGAAAAAGGCUGAGGAGGAGCAGGAAACAUUGGAGCCGACUGUUCUUGUUAACUGAUGACCUACCGAUUACUACAGAGUUUGGACGUGAGGAGGGCUUUUGUGGAAACCCACCCCCCUCACCGAAAACUAAAAAGGUAUGCUGUCAUGGUCCCUUCUGGAAGUUUCUGGUGCCAUUUCUGAACUGUUACAACCUGUAUUUCCAAACCUGGUUCAUAUUUAUAUUUUGCAACUCAAAUAAAGAUAACUCU